AUGACAAGUAAAGCCACACCAAGCAACGGUCUAUCCCUCCGGUUUGAGGCCGAAGAGUUGGAAACCAACGACAAAUUCCAGUUGAACCGCAAACAACGUCGUGACCUCGGCCACCUCAUAACUACAACUCCAGAGACAGACCGCCCGAUAACCCUGUUCUGCAAUGGUCUUACUGUUAUUGGAAGGGGGCGAAACACUGUCCUACAGGCAUUGAGGUCUGGACUGUUCGAACUCGUGGAAUCUGGCAAGGAAUAUGCAGGUGUUAUCACGCUGCCAUCUUUCACGUCACCUAAGAAAGGCCAGUACAACAUACUCCCUACGGCAUUUCCACAGUAUCGGGAAGUAUCGAUUAGUGUGUUGACGGAAACAACACAUGUUUUGUGGAAAGAGGUCUUGCAACCCGGGUGUACAUACGGUUUGCGGUUGUCAGGGAAAGCUGGCAAAGUUUUCGCAUGUUAUACGGAUGAGCUCGAUGGCAAUUCUGAAAGCUUUACAUCAGCGCAGAAGCUGCCCGUUCAUCGUGAGGGAGGUGGCACGUACUACUUCACCGUCCACGACGACCCAGCGCCUCCAAAACUCUUUGCCAGACUGGAGAUGCCCAGUAAAGCUCAUGUCAACGGUCCAGAUCCGUUCACCCUCGUCAUCGAAUACACGACCGACAGUCACGAGCCCUUCGUGUUCGAUAAAUCACGCUCCCCACUUUCAGUCACCACACUAUGUACCGGAACAAACCUGCACUGCAUCGACCAACUGAUUGACUGCCGAGAUAAUGAUACCGGGGAGAAGGUUGAGUGGGGUGCCGUCUUCGUCUGCUACGAUUACGAUCCCCAUCCAAAGUUCCCGGAAGAUGAUGAUUUCGUGCAGAUCUCAGCGAACAGACCGUGGCGAUUUGAAUGCACACUGGAGAAGCUAGGGAACGAAAAGGAGUAUGUGCGCAGUAUGGAAGGGUUGAAUGCUGGUCGCACUUAUAAGGCUCGGGUUGAGGGGCCUGGGGGUUUCAGCCGGUGGCAGUGGGGGAAGAAGGAGGAGUUGCUGGCUGGGACGCUAGAAGACAAGAUGAAGAGGUGGGAGGUAGACAUGGAGAAGCCGGGAUACUUGGACGUGGAAAGAAUCGAGGAGGACCUAUAUUUUGAGACUGUUGCAUGA